GAGCGGAAUGGACCUAAGAAGAGACACUCAUCAUCAGACGUCUGAACCGCGCGUUUUCUCCUCUAUCUAACCCUGAUCAAGUUAGAGUUCGGAAACACGCGAUCAUCAACUCAAGCGAGUUAUUAAACCAGUUUUUGCAAGUAUUAUUUUCUUUUAAAAGCGUACGCAACUGCAAGUGAAAGCAAUUUUAUUUUUGCUUAGAAAAGUGGCUGGCCCCCCUUUUCUCUUCUUAAAUCCGCGCGCGCGGCACUGCUGAAAAGACUUUCGUUAUCAUCCACGAAGAUCUUCAAAGCAAUCUCUCUCUUCCUCACCGAAGCGCAAACUUCCUCUCCAAGAUCUACUUCUCCAGUUUAAUCCAGCCGAACUUGCAUUCCUGUCAGAGUUUGCUGUUGUGAUGACUCCAGUCACCCAAGCAACUAACAUCUUGCAAGCUGAAACCAAUGUCCAGAUGGGGUGGCUGCUCCCAACCGUCAAGCUCCUGAAAAUUAAGCUGGACAGGAUCAAGCUAAAGCUAAAAUACUGCAAGCCCCUUGUCGAUGCUCUGCAGGUGGGCAUUGAGGAUCACUCUGGCCCUAUGAUGGAAGACCCAGAGCUGGUGGCUGCUGCUAUUCUGCUUCCAAAGUUCCGGACAAAUUGGACACAGGAAGAUGAGACAAUCAAAAUAGGAAUGGACUAUAUCAAACAACACAUUGAAGACUUCUCGUUGCAGUCUGGUGAAGUCAACAGGUCGAGCUCAUCUGAUGAAGACGACUUUUUUUCUGGCAUAAGGGGUUCAAAGGCACAAGACGGCACCAAACAGCUAGAUGCGUACUUGUCCUGUUCAGCAGAUAACAUGGACUUGCUCAAGUAUUUUCCAGCUGUGUGUAAGAUGUCUGUUAGGUUAAACACACCCCUUCCAGCAUCAGCAGCCUGCGAGAGGCUUUUUAGUAUCGCAGGAUUCGUCUUUAGCCAAAGAAAAGCGAGACUGAAUGACUCCAAUUUUGAAAACCAACUACUUUUGAGAUUAAACAAAAGAUUUCUAACUCCCUAACUGACUGCUUUAUGCAUACCAGUUUAAGAAGGGAAUACACUGUGGAGGGGAAAAAAGCACAAGCAGAGAAGAGAA